AUGCAGACGAUUGGCUAUGGGCUCGCAGCGGAUGUCAGCUGGGGCUUCACGGGGACGCUGCUUGGCAUAUACGCGACGAGCAAUGGGGGCGAGGGACUACGCCUGCUUACUUCUCGGAAUGGACCUACGUGGGGCAAGGACAAUGCCAGGACUGAAAAGACACCAGUUCAGAUUGAGUUCUUCUGGGUUAGGUAA